ACGCUAAAAAGCUAAGGGUGCUUACAGGUAGGUUGGAACAUUACCUAAUUCAGGUAACAUAACAUCAUUAGCCACAGCUACUUCCAUUUUAUACUUCACUUAUUUCACUUCGCUUCACUUACACGAUGUCGUAAAAUAUACAGCCCAACCUUAACAUUUACGUAUUCGCUUUGGCUGUUUCGAUGGACAAGGCCAGAUUCCCACCUCUCAUAUAAAAUACCACUAGACCUAGACCACUACGAAGAUGAGAGAUGAGGAAAAUACCGGUGCUCAGCAAUGUCUAUCCAGCAGUUGCCGGAGCAUGUCAUUGCUCAGAUCAAAUCAUCUACCACCAUAACGUCGCUUAACAGUGUUGUCUGUGGCUUGGUAAAUAAUUCUCUCGAUGCGGAAGCUACUAAAAUCAUAGUUUCUAUCGACUAUAUUCGAGGCAAUUGCUCCGUCGAGGAUAAUGGUUUAGGUAUCCCUCCAGAAGAGUUCAAGCCUACUGGUGGCCUCGGCAAACUUCAUCAUACGUCUAAAUUUCCCCCUUGUAGCGAUACUCAUGGUCGACACGGCGCUUUCUUAUCUUCCAUAGCUGCAUUAUCGUUAUUGACAAUAACGUCUCAUCAUCAUGGCUAUCACUCUCAUAAUUCAAUUAAAAUUCAUAACGCCGAAAUCUUGGCGAGGCAUACCCCUUCCUUGCCAGAACAGAGGUUGUUAAGCUUUCCUCAUGGAACUCGGACGACCGUUCGAGAUCUCUUCGGGUCUAUGCCGGUGAGAGUUAAACAGAGAGCGAUCGAUGCUGAAAAAGGUGCCAACGCCAAGGAUUGGGAGUCACUUAAACGUGCCCUCGUGGCGCUGCUACUCGCUUGGCCAGGCCAGGUCUCCAUAUCGCUUCGCGAUUCCGUAGAUCGGCGUAGUCUUACAAUCCGCACCCCCGAGGAAUCCUCGAGUUCUCAAGACAAAAAAAAUGACAUCCUUAACCUUACCACUCGUGUUUCGAGGACAUUAUUCCAAGCCCAGCUAUCCGAUGAUCGCUCUCGGGAUCUGUGGGUGCCACUUAAGGCAUCGGCGGGUGCGAUCUCGGUGGUAGGUGCAAUAUCGCUCGUUCCCAUAGCCUCUCGGCAGAUACAGUUUAUUAGCAUAGGUGUACAGCCCGUCUUUAAUGACCAUGGGUCAAACGUCCUCUAUGAAGAAAUCAAUAGGUUAUUUACGAACUCAAGCUUCGGGGUAGAAGAGGAGGGUGACAAUCUCAGUGAGACCGAGCAAAAUAGGAGAGUUGACGACGGCCGAUUCAAACCAGAUGGAUACACCAACCAGGAACUCAGGGGUAGAAAGGGGGUUGACCGAUGGCCCAUGUUCUAUAUCAAGAUUACCCCUGGACAAGUUUCUCAGCUCGCUCAAUAUGACGUGGAAGAGAUCCUGGAUGAACGCCACGAGAGCCUAAAAGCAAUAAUUGAUGUUCUAUCUGCGGUCAUCUACGAAUUUCUUAAGGCACACCACUUUCGCCCAAGGUAUCCUAGACCUCGUGGAAUCACAUCAUCCAAGCGUUCGAAUUCUCAGAACAUGCGCAACCAGUCGUUAUCUAGAAGCACCACCCCAAAAGUCGAAUCUCGAGCAACUAGGGCUCGGGCAUCUAUAAACCAUCUAUCAUCUACCGGAGAUUUGGCCAAUACUCGUCUUAAUCUCACGUCUGAAAAUUCCGGCUUGCGGCCUUCAUCUCCGUUCGAUUCCUGGACUCGUAUUAAAUCAGGGCAGCCUCAGUAUGCACACUUAUACGACAAAACUCUGGGUCAAUCUGGUAUGGAAUGUGCUCGUAGUCAUAGCCCACGCUUAGAAGAUGGCAAUAAUAUUUCGGAUACACCAUUAGUUGCUCCAGAUGGCACGCUUGUCCGUAUUCCUUUCCCCGACGUAGAAUUGGAUACGCCCGGUACAGGUAGCCAGAAGCCUACACCAAAAGAAGAGAGUCUUGACAGAGAAGAAUCUCAGUUACAAGAAGGCAAAGAGAUUUUGUGGACCAAUCCAGCCACCAAGGAUACCUUCGUCGUCGAUACCCGCACUGGCUCAGUGAUCCGGCCCCUAAGACUCGGAAUUGGGGGAUCUGACGUACUGAAUGAGACCCAUCAUCUACCUUCAAGAAAGAAGCUUCGUACAAACACCAAGCCAGUUACUAGCGAUUUGAGAAGCGAGUGGCUAUGUGAUCUCUUAUCAUCCUGGGACAACCCGGUUUUCAAGUUACAUGAGCCACCGAUCCCAGUUGUUUUUGAUGAAGAAAAAGCAUUAGCUUUAGCAACAAAGACGACAGAGGAUUGUUGCCAUGGAUAUAACUCCAGAUCGUUGGAAUCAUUACAAACUACUUCGCAUAGUAUGGAAGGCCGACUGUCUAAAGAUAAUCUACGGAAUGCUGCUGUAAUAUCGCAGGUCGAUCGGAAGUUUAUACUUGUUAAAAUUCCUUUACCUUCACCGCCUCCCGAUCUAGGUAUAGGCAAAAAAGUAGGUACCUCAUUGCUUGUCAUGAUUGAUCAGCAUGCUGCAGAUGAGCGGUGUCGGGUCGAGUCCCUUAUGAAAGAUUACUUCAUGGUUAUAGAAGAUACACAAGACGCAGUCACAGGACAGCCCCAGCGGUCGAUUCAUGCCCAGGCCGAGCUUCUAGAUAAGCCUAUCGUAUUUGAUGUUUCCCUUCGGGAUGGUCAUCAAUUUGAGCAGUCUGUCGAGUACUUCAAACAUUGGGGAAUCGUGUUUCAAGUCACCUCGGUGUUUAAAUCAAACUAUGACAGCAAGGGGAAAUCCAAACUUAAAAUCCUCGGCCUACCGCCCAGCAUAGCUGAAAGAUGUCGCUCAGAACCCCGAUUGCUCAUCGAGUUACUGAGGAAAGAGACAUGGAAGCUCGACGGACACGGACACAGUGCUUCUCAGCAAAGGAGGGUAGAGGAUACUCAGGGAGCUGGUGAUAGUUCUGCUGGUCUGCACUGGCUGGCUCGGUUUCACGGGUGUCCCGACGGCAUUAUAGAAAUGAUCAACUCUCGAGCGUGUCGGAGCUCUAUUAUGUUCAACGAUGCUCUUUCUCAUGAGGAAUGUGUCGAUUUGGUAAGGCGGUUGGCAGACUGUACUCUACCUUUCCAGUGUGCCCACGGACGGCCAUCAAUGGUGCCGCUAGUCGAUUUAAGUAGAAUCCCCACGAAUGCGGUAGAUAUAGAGAAGCCUACGGGUGGGUUUGGGGAACAGUUUAAGAAGUGGAAAGCAAGUAUGGGUAGUGGAUAAGGGUCUGUAUAAUUAGUCGACCUAUUUGGAGGAGUAUUUUGAUAUAUGCUAUAGAUAGAGAUACCCAAGCCAUUCAGGAGAUUCUAGGUUAAUGUUAAGAGUUUACUUUUUCAA